CACAAAACUUCAAAAAAUGCCGAGUCGACGACCGUGUUGUUGAGUUGUUGUUUUUUUCCGGGCUUUCGCCUUUCUCUUGAAAUUUCAAACGGUAAAAUAAAUUGCAUAGUAAUUUUAAAUAAAUUUAUAACUUUGGAGUAAUUUUAAUAUGACAUCAAGUCCAGAAACGAAAACAAUGGGUGCUUUUAUAAAUUUUUGUACAUAUUUUGGGCUACCUAUAACUUUCUUGGUUAUUGUUUACCGUUUAUUAUCCGAUUCAAAGUCCAAUCGAAUUGAAAAACUAAAAGACAAGGUAGUCCUCAUAACUGGUGCCAGCUCCGGUGUAGGUGAAGCUCUGGCUCAUGCGUUCUACACUUACGGGUGUAAAGUUGUUCUAGCAGCAAGACGGGUUAAUGAACUGGAAAGAGUAAAAAAUGAUCUUCUUGCCAAGAAAGUUAAUAUACCAGCACAGGAACCCAUUAUAGUCCAUUUGGAUUUGGAACAGAUUAGUUCAUUAGAUGAUGUAGUUCAAAAAAUCCUUGGCCAGUGUGGACACAUUGAUAUUUUAAUCAACAAUGGAGGAGUGAGCAGCCGCGGGCGAGUCCUAGACACAAACAUGGAUGUGCAGACCAAACUCAUGUUUGUUAACCACUUAGGUCCUUUGGCCCUUACAAAAUCUGUAUUACCAAAGAUGGUGGAGCGAAAAGUUGGGCACAUUGUCUUUGUAAGCUCCGUCCAGGGUCGGAUAGCUCUGCCGGACCGCUCGGCUUACUCCGCAUCCAAGCAUGCCAGUCAAGCUGCCGCUGAUUCACUAAGAGCCGAAGUGGCCUGUCACAAUAUCAAUGUAUCUGUAGUGAGCCCUGGGUACAUACAGACAGCUUUGUCUCUGAAUGCCCUCACUGGGACUGGCAACUUGCAUGGAGUAAUGGAUGCUACCACGGCUGCUGGGUACAAGCCAGAGUAUGUGGCGGACAAGAUAGUGAACAUGGUGGUGAGCCGCCAGGACGAGCUGGUGCUGGCGCCGCUGUCCAACAAGUGCGCCCUCAUGCUCCGGUACCUGGCACCUUCAGUCUACUUCUGGAUCAUGAAAAAGAGAGCCAGUAAAUUAUAGAAUAAGUAAACCUGAUGUUAUCAUCACAGAGAUGUAUAUUAGUUAUUGCUUAGACAGUGCCAUUUUGCAGAGAUUUUGUAUUAAUUUGUAGUUAAUAAUGAUUUGUGAUCAAUCAAUAUUUUAACUUUGUUAAUAAAAUCAAUUUUAUAUUUUAA